GCAGACAUUUCUCCUUUGCCAACGACCUCCCAUCAAUGCAAGGGGCGCAUUAUUAAGUUAACGACACCUGUUCUUUCACAUGUCUUGCAGGCCUGCAUCAUACACAAAUACACCUCUCUUCAACCCAAUCAAAUCCUGACUGAUUCUUGACAUAUUUUUAGCACCAUUUCAAUAACAAGAACUACCUAAUAACCCACAGCCACUAAACUACCAAAGAGUUAGGCUAUGGAAAACCCUUCUGAAAACACUAAUCAAAUCAGAAAUCAAGGUCAUAGGAGCAGUAUUGUAGAAAAAGUGAAGAACAACUUAAUUUUCAGAUCAAAGUGGGCUGAGUUAAAUGGUGCAAUGGGGGAUUUGGGCACUUAUAUUCCUAUAAUAUUGGCUUUGACACUAGCCAAGGACCUGAAUCUUGGUACCACGCUGAUAUUCACCGGUGUAUACAACUUUGUCACAGGUGCAAUCUAUGGUGUCCCCAUGCCAGUGCAGCCGAUGAAGUCAAUUGCAGCAGUGGCCAUAUCUGAUGCAGAUUUUAAUAUUCCAGAAGUUAUGGCAUCAGGAAUUUGCACUGCAGGGAUUUUGGCUGUUCUUGGUGUAACAGGUUUGAUGCAACUUGUGUAUAAGCUUAUUCCAAUUUCAAUUGUCAGAGGAAUUCAGCUAGCACAAGGCCUGUCAUUUGCUAUGACUGCAGUGAAGUACAUAAGAAAAGUACAAAACUUUUCUAAGUCAAAGUCUGGUUCAGACAGGCAUUGGUUAGGCUUAGAUGGAUUGCUCUUGGCUAUUAUUUGUGCUUGUUUCAUUAUAGUUGUUAACGGUGCUGGCGAUGACAAUGAGUAUGCAGCAGAAACUGAGAGUGGUGCCAAUGAUGCCAGUGGAUCAGGAAACAACAGAAGAAAAAGGUUGCGAAAAAUCAUAACUUCUCUGCCUUCUGCUUUCAUCAUCUUUUUGUUAGGUGUGGUUUUGGCAAUUAUUAGAGGGCCUAAAGCAGUCAAAGGAUUUAAAUUUGGACCAUCUCCUAUUGAAGUUGUGAAAAUGUCUAAGCAUGCAUGGAAGGAAGGAUUCAUUAAGGGCACAAUUCCUCAACUUCCACUAUCAAUUCUAAAUUCAGUGAUUGCUGUCUGUAAGUUGUCGACUGAUCUUUUUCCAGAGAAGGACAUUUCAGCCACGUCUGUUUCAAUUACUGUUGGAAUGAUGAACUUAAUAGGAUGUUGGUUUGGAGCCAUGCCAUGCUGCCACGGUGCAGGAGGGCUAGCUGGACAGUAUAAAUUUGGUGGGAGGAGUGGUGGAUGUGUGGCCCUCCUUGGUUUAGCCAAGUUGGUUUUGGGUUUAGUUUUAGGUAGCUCUCUAGUGAAGAUUUUGGACCAAUUUCCUGUUGGAGUAUUGGGGGUUCUGUUAUUGUUUGCUGGGAUUGAACUUGCUAUUUGCUCAAGGGAUAUGAACUCAAAGGAAGAUUCAUUUGUCAUGCUGGCUUGCACUGCUGUUUCACUGGUAGGCUCUAGUGCAGCACUAGGUUUCCUGAGUGGAAUUGUUGUUUAUUUGCUCCUCAGGCUAAGAAAACUGUAUGGUGGUCAGUCUUCUUCUGCAAUUUGCUUUCAUGGUAACCCAUAAUUGAGGUCUCAAUGCAAAAUCCUGGAAAGCUGUUCAAGCUUCGCCUUAGUGAACUGAUUAAAAGAUCUGUGAUCUUAAUGCACACCUUUUUUUGGUAAUGUUUAACAUUUCCGCCUUGCUUGAUGCGCUAUGUGAAUCAUAACAAGAAUAAUAAAAGGAAAAUAUACUUUCUUCUUGAUCGGGAAUGGGGAAGAACAAAAGGAGGGACAAAUUUGAAAGGAUGGAGUUCAUUCCUUUCUCGGUGAAUGAAAAGAUAAAGAAGAACCAUUAAAUUAUUGUUUAUUACAUAAAGCAGUAUGAUCAAACUCCCUAUGUUGGAUGCACCACAGAAUUGCAAGACAGUUCUAAGUUUUGCAGGCGUCUCCACAGCCACCAAAGCAUUUCUCCCUUGCAGAAGCUGCCCAUGAAGACAAACAAACAGAAAGAAACGUGUUAGAAAGCAAAGAAAGA